AGAGAGAGAGAGAGAGAGUGCUGCCCUCUGGAAAACGGAAAUGUUCAGUGUGCACAGAGUGGCUUGCAUAUUUCACUCUGACAUCUCACUACCAUGUUUUUCAACAUGGUAAUGGUUAGUGGCUGUCAAAUGAAUUCUUUGGAGACCUAUGGAGAAAACAGAAAGAAACUAAAACGAAUUCCCUGCCAACACUUAUGAUAAAAUCUGGAUUUUCAGGAAUGAAUAAAUUGAUCCAGCCAGAUUCCCCAUGGCUUCCUCAGUAAACCCUAUUACUCUGAUUAAGAAAUUCUACCAGCACUGGAGAAAACACUUUCAACACAUAACAGAAAAACUCCCAGAAAAGGUGGUGUAUCUACAUUGAUCAUCUCUGAAGAGCUGCAGACCUACUGAGUACUUAAACAAACCUUUCUUUUAUGUGAACCAUAAAAAGGAAAAACAGCCUGCCAAACACCUGUAAAGUGAUGACUAUUAUCAUAUGAAAGUUAAAAGAACUGCUAUAUGACAUGUUCAUGAUUCAAACAAGAGAGAAUCAACUGUUGUGAUGUCCCAGAAGGCCUUAUGACGAAGUAAAGAAAGGGGGAAAAUUAUAACAGCUUGUCAUCUCUCUUUGUACAUUAGACUUCCAUGUAGUUACCGUAGACAAAUCAAAGCAAGCAUGAAAGUAGUUCUUUGAAAAUCAUAUCUAGAGGCUGAGAUCUACACAUAAGAAAUUUAUCUUAUAUUUAGCCUAUCCAGCUCAUCAAUAAUUAAUCUUUAAGAAAGAGCAGCAAUUGAUCGUGAAUAUAGGUUUUGAAUUGCCAUUUGGCAAAGACAGUUUCUGUGGGAAGAAAAAUGCCUACUAAUGACACAUGUGCUGAGCCAGAUGGACACAUUACAGAUUUACGAUACUUUAUCUACGCAGUGACAUACACUGUCAUUCUUGUGCCAGGUUUCAUAGGGAACAUAUUAGCCUUGUGGGUAUUUUAUGGCUAUAUGAAAGAAACCAAACGAGCUGUGAUAUUCAUGAUAAACUUAGCCAUUGCUGACUUACUACAAAUUCUCUCCCUGCCUCUGAGGAUCUUCUACUACUUGAAUCAUGACUGGCCAUUUGGGUCUGGCCUCUGCAUGUUUUGUUUCUACCUAAAGUAUGUCAACAUGUAUGCAAGCAUCUAUUUCUUGGUCUGCAUCAGUGUGAGACGAUUUUGGUUUCUCAUGUACCCCUUUCGCUUCCGUAACUGCAAACAGAAAUAUGACCUAUACAUCAGCAUUGCUGGCUGGAUGAUCAUCUGCCUUGCCUGUAUGCUCUUUCCUCACCUGAGAACCAAUGAUGACACCUCAGGCAACAGAACCAAAUGCUUUGUAGACCUUCCUACCAGGAAUGUCAAUGUGGCUCAGUCCGUUGCCAUGAUUACCAUUGGCGAGUUGAUUGGGUUUGUCACUCCUCUUCUGAUUGUCCUAUAUUGUACCUGGAAGGCUGUUUUAUCACUGCAAGAUAAAUAUCCUGUGGCCCAAGACCUUGGAGAGAAAAAGAAAGCCUUGAAGAUGAUUCUAACUUGUGCGGGAGUAUUCUUAAUUUGCUUUGCACCUUAUCACUUCAGUUUUCCUUUAGAUUUUCUGGUCAAGUCCAACAAAAUUAAAAGCUGCCUAGCCAGAAGGGUGAUUCUGAUAUUUCAUUCUGUUGCCCUGUGUCUUGCUAGUUUGAAUUCCUGCCUUGACCCAGUCAUAUAUUACUUUACCACUAAUGAGUUCAGAAGACGGCUUUCAAGACAAGAUUUGCAUGAUAGCAUCCAACUACAUGUGAAAUCCUUUGUGAGCAACCAUGCUACUUCUACUAUCACAACCGAAUUAUGCUAAAUAAAAAAAUAAAUGUGGCUGGAAAUGAAAAAAUAUCAGAAUACAUUUGUAAUGUCCCAAGCUACUAGAAAGUAAUCACAGGAAGCACUCACAGAUUUUUUUGUUAUGUUCUAUCUUACCUAUGUGAGGAAUUCACAUCUUUAUAUCAGAACCUAUUUAGAGCAUUAUACUCUACCAUCGUUGAUGUCCAUGCAGUAAUUUGUCACCAUGUCUUUAAGACUUGAACUAUAAAAUUUCAGUGACAUCCUGUACACAUAUGCUCUCAACUAGAGUUAGUAGUUUUAUCUGUGAACCUAAGACACAAAGAGACAAUUACUUUGGUGUCAUUAUAAGCACUUAGUUUGUUACAAUGGACACAGUAUUUAGAGGCAAUGUAGUUGUCUAUACUGGUAACUACAGUUUAUAUUCCAAUAUCGUAUUUUGGUUAUAUAUUAAGUAGGAUGGACAAUAUAUUAUUAUGUGAAAAUAAAGUGUUACAAACAUGGGAUCACUUUUACCUCCCAUGUGUGAUUACACUCUAAGGUUUGAAGACUCAAAUAGCUAUUUUAUUCACUUCAGUGUCAAUAUGAAACAUCAUCUGUCACACCUAUUCAUAGAAUGAAAAUCUGAACUUGGGCCUUUAUUAUGUUAAUAGUAAGGACAAGAAACAGAUUCACCUAAAAUAACUUUCUAAACUGCCAUAUGAAAUCCACCCAGGGCAGAUAGCUUGUCAAAGUCCAUACAAUGUGACCUAUAUAAAUGUGACCGAAAUUACCUCUAUAAUUCAGGAGACAGCAGAUAGGUCACAAUCACAAUUUGGUUCCCUUAAAUUAUUUCUGAAUAUCACCUCUGGAAAUGCAUGUACCUGCCUUGUAAAGGGCAUUUCCACCAUGCUUCCAGAGUGAUGUUGAAGUACCUCUGACAGAUUACUGCAUUUUUGAGCCUAUGAAAUAAGCAAUGCAUUAAUUAAUCACCAAGCUUAGAUCAGAGGAAAAAGAAGUAGAGUGGGUAGAGCUCUUAAAAUCCUUACCAUAUUGUAUUUCUUCUUUUAAAUUAGGUGGCAACUGUUAAGCUACAUCCAUUAGCAAGAGUUGGGUUUGAAAGCAGCUAGGCAUGUGGGUCCUAGUCUUCAGUAAUUUGUCUGGUCCACCUUCACCUCAGUGGUACCAUUCUGAGGUCAGUAUAGCCUACCUCCCUGCAGCUAGAGAAGUCAUUUUUUUCACCUUUAAAAAAAAGUGCAUAAGAUUAAUUUUGGCAGCAUCGGACACUCCUCACAAUGCCUUGCCUGCUACCUGUUUGGUACUAGUAUCAGGAAAUAGAACCAGGAUGUGAAUAGUAAUUAAACCUGAGAUCUUAAAUAUUUCAAUACUAUAAAACAUGUUUUAUCAAAAAGCUCUAACUUAAAAAAUGCUCUACUCAAAAAUGUGUGCUGUAUAAUAAAGACACAUGCUACUUUGGAAGGACUAUGGAAGUUAACCCAUGGUUUCAUCAUAUUUAGAAGAAAGGAGUUGUUUUAGGCACACAGUUAUGAUACUAAUAUGUUUAGGGGAGGGAAAGUGGUGGAAUAUCUAAGAUAAAUAGAAAAUUUUCUAAUGUUUUCUCUGGACAAGAGUUGGUAUUGUUUGUACUUUGUUAUUAAAAUAAUACCUUAUUAGAAGACUGAUGUUGUGCUGCUAGCAGUAGUGUAUCUAUCUCCUAAUUAUAAAUUGUAAGGUACAUAUUUUGAUGUGUUAAAUAAGUGUUGUGAUUUUAGAAAGAGUAACUAUGUCUGGUCUGUUUGCCUUAAAGUGAUUUGUGUUUGGAUAUAAUUUAGUGUUGUAAUGGGUUCACAAUUAAGAAUUUGUGGGUACUUGGAAUGGAAGAGUCUUGCCUAUAGUAUAUGUUUUUACUAUUUUCUACAUAAGCAUGAAUUAUUCUUCUUAUUGUCAUUUUGUGAGAUCAGUAACCCUAUUUUAUUAAAAUAUUAAUUUCUCUUUAAACAUAUCAUUUUUAAAGGGGAGGGUAAAUAUUAUCAGGGGAUUAUUAAACUUUUUAGAGAAAUGGCUGAGGUUGAAGCCCACUUACUAGACAGCCAGAAAGCCCUGGCAGAUCAUUUACAUCAUUCAAGGAGAUAAGUGUCCAGUAUUCUUAGGCUGCUUAGCUAUGACCACCCUUUCUCUUCAGAACUGUCCAUCUGAAUUUGUAUUCAUUGCUCUGAUUUACUUUAUCUACUCCUCCUCCCCAUCAAUAUGUUUAGUCUUCUGUCUUAUUCCUUUGUUCUGCAUAUCAGUAAUCUGGUCAAAUUAUUCACACUAAGAUGCUAAUGUGCUAAUGUUAGCUUAGUAUGAAUUUUCCAAGGAAUAUCUAAAUUUUAGGCCUUGGAAAUAAACCUUAACUCAAACUAUUAAUCCCUCACUUUUAAUGGAGGGAAUUAAAAACAUUGAAACAGAGUGGAGGAGAAGAUACUUUGAAGAAGUGGGUUUUACAGCACUGUUUUUCAGAUUAUAUAUGUAGCAAGUGUUCACCUACUUGGUUUAUCAUAAUGGGGAUGCCAAAUUCUAAGACAUGGAUCUACAAGCAUGGCUAUCAGUUUCUCAGAUCUCUGCUUUCUUUCUUUUUAACUUUUCCCUUUCCAACUCUGGACCUGAUUUUCAGGGGAAAAUCUAAACUAGGAGAGAAGUACUGCUAUAGCUGGUAUCCAGACAGCAGCUUCCUCUCUGAGCUUCUUUCCUUGGAGAAACUUUUCUCUGAACCUCCAUUUAUCACUCUCCAGGUUCAGCAAAAUCAGGGUACAAAAAGUUAAUAUCCUGAACUAUAGUAAUAUACAAUUCAAGAUAAAUAAGCUCUCAUUUUCUAUAUAAAGUUAUUUAAGUUCUGAUUCCACAUAUAUGUGUGUGUAUGUAUGUAUGUAAUUAUUCCAACAAGACAGAUUUUGAAUAUGAGGGAUUUAUAUGUUACCAUUAUUCCCAUUAUUAUAAUUAUUAUUUUAUUCAUAUGUUUUAUAUGUUUUCAUUUUUACUCAGUUAAAGAACUAAUUCUAUUAACCUAUAAUUCUGUGAGAAGAGCCAUCUGCCAUAGGAACAACAAAUCAAGUUACCUUGGUCUGAAACGGUGCAUAAGCAGAAAUCUUGUGCAACUUCACUUUUAUUUUAUAUUUUUGUUUUUUACUCCCAAGACACUGUAAAAAUGUUGCACUUGGUAUCUAGUUAUUUAUGCCUAUAAUUUAAAAAUAUACAUUUUAAUAAUAAAGAUGGUCUCUGUAAUUAUAUAGACGUUUUCUGCCUCCAGAAGUCAAUUUGUAUUUAGUCACUUCUUAAGCUCACUGAUAUACAUGGGGAUCUUUGUCAGUGUUCUCACACAUGGAUGAAUACUGUGAGGUGCUACUCUCCUUUUCUCUCCCUGAAGAGGUUAAUGCUUUCCUCCAAUGGAAAGAUGAGCCAUUUCCCCCAUCUUACCCUACCAUUUAUCCAUACCUUGCAUAGAUAAAUUCAUUACCAUCCAUACCCUACUAAGAUUAUUCUCCACUGCCAGGUUUUGACCAAUUUCAUUUGAAUGACUUAAAACCCUAUAUUUUCUAGAGUAUACAAUCUGUGGGUAGAAAAGGAGAUGAGGUGACAGAGGAAAGGUUUUUUGCUAUAGUCUUAAAGCUUGUUAACAAUUAAGUAUCUGAGUUUUGUUGUGCAUUGGCAGAAAGAAAAAUCUAUUCCCUAUCCCUGUACUUUACUGUCCCUGUCUCUUCUUCUGAAAACAGUUCUAUUUUUUUAAGUGAAGUCAAAACAAUUGUCUCUGAAUCUCUUUUCAUCUUAGUUAUCUUUUUGGCACUUUGUAUCCCCAGUAGUUUCAGAUAUCUUCUGUAAAAACCAAUAUGUUAGGAAUUAUGCAUUUCGGCUGUUGCAGAAAGAUUUUCCUAGGAAGUGGUAAAUGUUUUCCUAAGGAGAAAUUUCUGAUGUGUUGGUAGAUCUGAAAAAAAUAGUGGGAUAUAAAUAUGGGAUCUGCUCCAUGCUCCAAAUGUCCUCAAAUCAUAUAUAUGCCUCUUCUGUGCGUUCCCAAAAGUAACUUUACUAUAUUCACUAUCAUACUUGGGUGAGGGGAGUGAGUAAGAGAUAAACUGUCAAGUGAAUGUGACUAUUUUAACUCACUUAUUCCUCAGUUGUUAAAGAAUGUAAUGUGUGUUUGGAGAGCAGGCAGUUAUAACUUUCUUAAAUUUCACAGACCAUUUCCUCAGCAGAAUUUCCUCAGCCUUAACCACUCAUUUCACUUUGCCAAGAUCAUAUUUCUUCUAUUUGUUGACUAAGUUUUCUUCAUGUAACCCCUUACUGCACAUUUGCUGGUUCAGCUAUAGGCACACUACUUCCUUAAAGUCUUACAUUUUCCUUCUUGGAUCUCUUCAAACAACAGAGAAACUGCCCUUUGGGGGGUGGUGUCUGUUGUUAAGCCUAUCUCCUUGACCCUAGUUUCUUCUAUUUUGCAGGAGCUUCAGAAGCAGAACUGAGGCAGAACUAGGAUCUUUGGUCUUCAAGUUUAACUCUGGCCAAUAAUUGAGAGAUUUUUUCCCAGCCUUUUCUAAACAAUGCUGAUUAUACACAACUUGUACAAAGAUUGGUAUAUUUCAUACCUUUGAAAUAUAAAUCUAAUCAGGAUAAACAUAGACAACUCAAAAUAACAAUGGCCCAAGUUUUAAG